UAACGACUGCUUUUCAGAGGACAGAAUGCAUAAAACCUGUGCUAUCAUCACCAUUGGCUAUGAGCACAGACUCCUACCUUCUGUUUACCUCUUAGUAUUCAUCAUUGGUCUGGUAACUAAUGGAUUGGGACUGAAAUCUUUGCUGCCAAAAUGGAAGAAACUGGGGAACAUCAAUGUGUUUGUUCUCAACCUUGGAUUUGCAAAUGUUUUGUAUCUGCCCAUGCUCCCAUUCUUGGUGGUGUACUACUUUAAGAAGAGUACAUGGAUCUUUGGAGAUGCAUUCUGCAAGAUAACAAGAUUCUGCUUCAACCUGAAUUUAUAUGGCAGCAUUGGAUUCCUUACUUGUAUAAGUGUGUACAGGUACCUGGCUAUUGUCCAUCCAAUGAGAGUGAAGGGAAGAAUAACUGUCACUCAGUCUGUGGCUAUCUCAGUCAUGGUUUGGCUGUUGGUGGGUGUUCAAAGUCUUCCAGACAUGUUCUAUGCCAAAACCAAAAGGAACAGAGCAAAAUGCUAUCAUACCACUGCUACAGCCUAUGUUGAGGAUUACCUGAAAUACAGCCUUGGAUGGACACUGACUGGGUUUUGUAUCCCACUCCUCAUCACCCUGGGCUGCUAUGGACACGUGAUUGUCGUUCUCUGUCGCAAAAAUACCACUCACAUGGAACUUAAACAAAGAAGUUUGCGGUUGUUGUUUAUUUUGAUCCUCCUCUUCUCUGUUUGUUACAUCCCUUACCAUGUAUUCAAGAACCUCACCCUCUGGUCAAGAGUUCUGAACAAAGAGAAGAUAUGUCCUGAAUGGUCUAACGGAGUUUACAUUGCUCAUCAGAUAAGUCGUGGCCUUGUGUGUCUGAACAGUGCUCUCAACCCUCUGGUUUACCUCCAUGUGAAUGAAGAAAUUCCUGCUCAGGUCAGACAGCUGCUUCAGCGAGCUCGUCAAAUGUUCAACCGUUUGUUUCUGUCAAACUCCGACUCUUCUCCUGUGGCUCAAACUGUAGACGAAGAUUAAC